AUGGACGGAAGCCAAACCUUCGACCAACCUGGACUACGUUUUGGCGUGGAGAUUGAGCUUGUUGUUAAGAGUAAGAGCCGGAACCAUGCAGAUUUCCGGAGCCUAGCCAUGGAAAUUUGCCUUCACCUCGAAAAAUCCAGGAUUCCGAGUCACGUUGCCUGCUUGUCUCAAAAGGCCGACGUCACCAAAUCAUACCAAAAAUGGAUCCAGAAUUCAACACUGCCGUCUAACCCAGCUGAAAACCUCUUCGGUGUUGAGCUCGUAUCUUCGAUCUUCUACACACAGCAGAGGCACAAAUGGAUCCCCGAGUUACGCGAGACGUGGAGGGUUUUGGAGUCGGGGUUUGAGGUGCACGCCACCAAGGAGUGCAGCACUCACGUCCACCUCUCGCCGGCAAGCGGACCCUGGACGCUGAGCGCGGCGAGGGGGGUCGCGAAGGAAGCCAUCUUCUUCGAGCGGUGCAUCGACGGGCUGAUGCCGGGCCACCGGCACAUCAACCCGUACUGCACGAGCAACCGGUGGAACGCGGUGUACGGCGGCCCGGACAUGCCCCAGAUCUUCGACGACCUCUCCCGCGCGGAGAGCCUCGCGGACCUGGGCGAGCGCAUGUGCUGGUGCUCGAGGGACUCGGUGCACGCGCGGCAGACGCUCCACCAGGACGACUUUGUGCACCCGCACUUCCGCUGGAACCUGACCGCCCUGACGGAGAGCAGGACGCGGACGAUCGAGUUCCGGCAGCCCCCGGCCUCCAGAAACGCCCGCGACACCCUGGCGUGGAUCCUCUUUGCCGCCUGCCUCACCCGGUGGGCGUCCGAGCGCGCGGACGCGGCUCUCAACCCCGCCGAGACGCCCGAGAUUGCGGAUCUAUACCGGUACGUGGGGGCGGGAGCGCACGUCAGCGUGGUGCCGGAUGACAUGUUGGCGUUGCUGGAGGGGCUGUUUCGGAGUGCGAAACCGCUGCCCGCGCCUCGGCAUGACUUGAAGGGCAUGACGGAGGAAGAAAUGGACGAGUUGAAGACGGAGGCAAAGAGGAAAGGAAUGUCAUUGGAGAAGUAUAAGGCACUGUUUGCUUAUGAGUAA